CACGCCUUAGACGAAAGCAAGAGUUGAUCAUCGAAGACAGUGGGUCCAAUUUUAAUACUACAGUGUUCUACGGCUGUCCCGUCACCGUUGAAAUCGUACGAACCCAAAUGCCCACCGAAUCCCCCUUCUCUUUCCAUUCACCUUUUUUUCUUUUCAGAAAAAGAAAAAAUCAACUCAUCCGUGUUCUAAAAUUUGGAUCUCAUACAAAACACUUCACAAGUAAUAGUAUAUAUAACCACCAAGCACAUAGCUUUCUUCUUCCUUUUUCCCUUCUUCACAUAACCAACUAUGCCAAACACAAACACGCCGCCAACAAGAAAAAGAAACAACCUCAGCCGCUACAACCUGAAACUAUGUUUCUCCAAUCCCAUGCAACCGUUCACACCCAAAUCUCAUCCGACAAACCCCACCGCCACUUCCUCACCCGUUCAUCACAAUCACAACCAUCCAUCACCACCCGCCACGUCAUCAACCCUAAUCAAGGACUUCAACCAUGAUCGCAGUACCGUGACCCCACAAAACCCAUUUCCGAGCCUUGGACCCGAACCCAAACCUGCCGACUUGGUCACCGCUUUUGCCUCCCAACGAUUCUUCUUCACCUCCCCCGGCCGCUCCAACUCCAUCGUCGAAUCCGCCAACACCACCGACACCGACUGCACCACAUCCUCAUCCAUUGACGAAAGACAGGACCAAUUCAAGAGUUUCAUUCAUGAUUCUGACGAAAGGGAAGCAAAGGCGUUAUUGGACAGCAGCAUUGCAGUAACGAAGUACUCGCCGGACCCUUACGCGGACUUCCGGCAGUCGAUGGAGGAGAUGGUGGCGGCGCGUCCCGAGUUGAUGGACGUGGCGUCCAAAUGGCGCGAGCUGCACGAGCUUCUUCUUUGUUAUCUUGCGCUCAACCCGAAAAGCACGCACAAGUUCAUUCUCCGUGCUUUUUCUGAUUUUCUCCUCAGCCUCAUAUCGCGUUCUUAUUUUCCGCCGCAGGAUCCCGGUUCCGAUGACGAUGACGUUGCCGGCGACGGCGGUGGAUGUUCGAGUUAGAUAACUAUUGAGAAUUUGCAUGUGCAUCUGUAAGUUGAAAACUUAACUUAGGCGCCAGACAGUGAGUUUUUUUGGUAAUUCAGACAGUGAUGAUUAAUUAGUGGUACAACCAACAUUAUUUUUCAUUAUAAAGGUUUUGCAUUAGCACUAAUGAUUUCUUCAGCACAAGUUUACUUUGAUUAAUUAAUGUGC